AUGAGGAUCCUGGUCAAAGAUUCUCUCACCCUUCUCGCAGGCCACGUGAAGUCCCAGGAGCUUUAUGAAGACUUGGUCUAUUUUCCGCUUACUCUUGUCAGUUUCCCAUACAGUGGGCACCCGUGGGCACCCAUCCUUGCGCACCCCCAGCACUCGCUGGUGCACGCUCACCCGCAAGCACCCAUCUCAUCCUCGCACUUUCUCAGCCAAGCCGUACAUCCGCACCCUUUACGCCCGGACAACGUUAAGGAGCAGCUAGGUGGCGUACGGCAAAGAUCAAGAUGGGGCGGCUCACAGCCGGACCGGGGGUUUGGCAGGGCUGAGCCCUUUGAAGAUGGCUAUGCAAAUGGUGAGGAAGGCACACCAGCUGGGGAAGCAGCUGCCACUUACACGCCUGAUAGCAAAGGGGUGGUCAAGUUUGGCUGGAUAAAAGGUGUAUUGGUACGAUGUAUGUUAAAUAUUUGGGGUGUGAUGCUCUUCAUCAGGCUUUCAUGGAUUGUAGGGCAAGCUGGGAUAGGUCUGUCUGUCUUGGUUAUUGGAAUGGCCACUGUUGUGACAACUAUUACAGGACUGUCUACUUCAGCAAUAGCCACAAAUGGUUUUGUAAGAGGAGGAGGAGCAUAUUACUUAAUUUCCAGAAGUCUGGGGCCAGAGUUUGGUGGCGCCAUAGGUCUGAUUUUUGCAUUUGCCAAUGCUGUUGCAGUAGCAAUGUAUGUUGUUGGCUUUGCAGAAACAGUUGUGGAGCUGCUUAAGGAAAAUGGAACGUUGAUGAUUGAUGAAAUCAAUGAUAUCAGAAUCAUAGGAGCUAUCACAGUGGUUAUAUUGCUGGGUAUUUCCGUUGCUGGAAUGGAAUGGGAAGCAAAAGCACAGAUAGUCUUACUGGUGAUUCUCAUACUUGCUAUUGGAGACUUUGUCAUAGGAACAUUUAUUCCUUUGGAUAGCAAGAAGCCUAAAGGUUUCUUUGGUUAUGAAGCUGAAAUAUUUAUGGAGAAUUUUGGACCAGAUUUCCGGGGCGAGGAAACUUUCUUUUCUGUAUUUGCUAUCUUCUUCCCUGCUGCAACUGGCAUACUUGCUGGUGCAAAUAUCUCAGGUGAUCUUGCGGAUCCUCAGUCAGCCAUACCUAAAGGAACGCUGUUGGCCAUCUUAAUUACUACGUUGGUUUACGUAGGAAUUGCAGUAUCUGUAGGUUCCUGUGUUGUUCGAGAUGCCACAGGGAAUGUUAAUAACACCAUUGUCACUGAGCUGACAAAUUGCACUACUGCAGCUUGCAAAUUAAACUAUGAUUUCUCAUCCUGUCAGAUGGGGUGUCAGUAUGGUCUGAUGAACAAUUUCCAGGUGAUGAGCAUGGUAUCAGGAUUUGCACCACUGAUUACUGCAGGUAUUUUUUCAGCCACCCUGUCUUCUGCAUUAGCAUCUCUUGUGAGUGCACCUAAGAUCUUCCAGGCGUUGUGCAAGGACAACAUUUAUCCAGGAUUUCAGAUGUUUGCUAAAGGCUAUGGGAAGAACAAUGAACCACUGAGAGGAUAUCUUCUAACAUUUUUAAUUGCUCUUGGAUUCAUACUAAUUGCUGAACUGAACGUCAUUGCUCCAAUUAUUUCUAACUUCUUCUUGGCCUCAUAUGCCUUGAUUAACUUCUCUGUAUUCCAUGCUUCUCUUGCAAAAUCUCCAGGUUGGCGCCCUGCUUUCAAAUACUACAAUAUGUGGAUUUCUCUUGUUGGAGCUAUUCUGUGCUGCAUUGUCAUGUUCGUCAUUAAUUGGUGGGCAGCACUUCUAACAUAUGUCAUAGUCCUUGGACUCUACAUUUAUGUCACUUACAAGAAACCAGAUGUGAACUGGGGAUCUUCAACGCAAGCUUUGACUUACUUGAAUGCACUACAGCAUUCUAUUCGGCUCUCAGGAGUGGAAGAUCAUGUGAAAAACUUUAGACCUCAGUGCUUAAUUAUGACAGGUGCUCCAAAUGCACGUCCAGCUUUGCUUCACCUUGUCCAUGCUUUCACCAAGAAUGUGGGCUUGAUGAUCUGUGGCCACGUACAUAUGGCUGCUGGUCUGGGUAGAAUGAGACCUAACACCCUUGUUGUUGGAUUUAAGAAAAACUGGAGACAAAGUGACAUGAGAGAUGUUGAAACCUAUAUCAAUUUAUUCCAUGAUGCCUUUGACGUUCAGUAUGGUGUAGUUGUCAUCCGCCUAAAGGAGGGCCUGGACAUUUCUCACCUUCAGGGCCAAGAAGAGUUACUGUCAUCCCAAGAAAAAUCUCCAUGUACCAAGGAUGUCAUAAUAAAAGUGGAUUAUAGCAAGAAGGCUGAGACAGACACUUCUAUAGCUUUUGCUCCAUCAUCUAGUGAAAGAACUUCCACUCUCCAUAAAGAGGAGGACGAGGAUGGAAAGACUCCAACACAACCACUGUUGAAAAAAGAUUUAAAGAGCCGAUCUUCUCCUUUAAACUUGGCUGACCAAAGACUUCUUGAUGCUAGUACUCAGUUUCAGAAGAAACAAGGCAAAAGCAAUAUUGAUGUCUGGUGGCUCUUUGAUGAUGGAGGUUUGACACUGUUGAUUCCGUAUCUUCUUACAACCAAGAAGAAGUGGAAAGACUGUAAGAUCAGAGUGUUCAUUGGUGGAAAAAUAAACAGGAUUGAUCAUGACAGAAGAGCGAUGGCUACUUUGCUCAGCAAAUUUCGGAUAGACUUCUCGGACAUUAUGGUUCUUGGGGAUAUUAAUACUAAGCCAAAGAAAGAAAAUAUUGCAGCUUUUGAAGAAAUGAUAGAGCCCUUCCGACUUCAUGAAGAUGAUAAAGAACAAGAAGUUGCAGAUAAAAUGAAGGAGGAUGAACCAUGGAGGAUAACAGAUAAUGAACUUGAGCUUUACAAAACAAAGACUUACCGCCAGAUUAGGCUAAAUGAGUUGCUGAAAGAACAUUCAAGUACAGCUAACAUAAUUGUCAUGAGUUUGCCAGUUGCACGAAAAGGUGCGGUUUCUAGUGCACUAUACAUGGCCUGGUUAGAAGCUCUUUCUAAAGAUCUGCCACCAAUUCUCCUUGUUCGUGGGAAUCAUCAGAGUGUUCUUACCUUCUAUUCCUAAGAGUACUGCACAUGGGACAGCUAUGAUGAAAUGGUACUCCAGUGCCCAGGGCAGAGUGACUGACAUGGUCUGUAGUUUAUUAACAUCACAAAGGCAAAAAGUGACUCUUCUUUCACUAUUUCACUGACUUGAAAGCACACAAGGAAAGUCACUGUAUUUCUAAAGUUGUGACAUCUUCAGUUUUAGUCUAUAUUUUCUGUAAUUUAAUCUUGCUUAAUGGGGGAGGAUUCCUUGUUAGACUGAAGAACAAGACAAGCUUUUUGUUUGCUAUUUGAAUAGCAGCAAUAAAAUGUUUUAUUUUUGAUCAAUGAAAGGAUUAUAGAUUUAUAAAAGCCUUUUAGCCUUGAGGUGCCUUCUGAAAUUAACCAAAUCUCAUCCAUACAUCCUAUUUUGUAAAUUUAUAUAGAAUGUCAAAAUCUGCCUUCAACUAAGAGUUUAGAUCAGACUUUGUUUAGUUUCUAGUCUCUUCCAUAUUACAAUAAAAAUGAAUGCUGCUUUUCA